AUGUUGACGAAUCACUUUUUGUUAGGUAGCAUUCGCUAUAUAGCGAUACACUUUCACCCCGCAGGGUCGAAGCCUGCGCUCAAUGCCAGCCGGACCACCGCGCGAUACGCUAGUGUUUCGUCAGCCUCGCCCAAUAGGAGGAAAAUGGCAGAUAAACUGACCCAAGAAGAGCGCGAUACGCAGCUCCAGCCAUUGCUGCAGUCUGGUUGGAAAGUGCAAAAUAACCGGGAUGCAAUUGAGAAAGAAUUCCAGUUCAAGGAUUUCAACCAGGCUUUUGGCUUCAUGACUAGAGUAGCACUGCUGGCUGAGAAAAUGGAUCAUCACCCAGAGUGGUUUAAUGUGUAUAAUAAACUUCAAGUUACCUUGUCUUCUCAUGAUGUUAAUGGGCUUAGCAAGAGAGACAUAAGAAUGGCAACAUUUAUGGACAAAAACUACAGCAACUAA